UCUCCUCCCAGCUGUUGAAGCUGGAGGGGCGGAGUGAAUACGACCCCAGAUCCGGCUCUAGGACUCCUUUGUGCGGUUGCUGCUGGUUGGAGCAGCGGUAGAUUGCUGGCUGUACGUUAGUGACUGCACUGCACAUUGCAGCAAGUCCCACACCCUGCACAUGCAUAUUUAAAAAGGUGCCGCAAUCAGAUCUGAGUUUACACGCCCAUUGCCUUUCAACUCUUCAAGAGACCCUGUGUGGUGUGGUGCCAGGCAGAAUGGGACGUCCUGGUGCCCUGAACUCUCACUAAGGAGUCAGGUACCAGCAGGCCAUGCAGGGAGAAGCCUCGGCAGGGGCCAUUGGCAUGGAGCAGGUGAGCCAACUGGGGGCUGAGAGCCCACGCCUUGCCUCGCUGCGCAGGUCAGAGGUCACGGGUGGCCCCUCCCAGGGCGAGGAGGGCAGAGUGGAGAGGAGGAAGAGGAGGAAGAAGGAGCCGAGGCCAGAGUCCAUCAUUGUGUACCACUCGGAGGCAGAGAAGGGGGUGACCGAGGAGUCUCCGGCAGAGGAGGGGAUUGAGAAGAGCGGACAGGAAGGGCCCAAGUUCCUCAGCACUCCCACAGGCGAGGCUCUCACAGGAGGCUGGAACGCUCCUCUGGACAGCCGCUACGUCACUCUGACCGGCACCAUCACCCGGGGGAAGAAGAAAGGCCAGAUGGUGGACAUCCACGUGACACUGACUGAUAAAGAGAUGCAGGAGCUGGCCAGGUCCAGAGAGCCUCUCCGGAGAGAGCAGGAAGGCGAGGGGGGUGAGCGGGCCUGCUGGGUGGGGGCUGGCCGUGGGCCCCACAUCCUGGUCUGGAGCUUGUCGUGCGCACCCGUGGUGUUCCUGCUCUCUUUCGUCAUGUCCUUCUACUACGGGACCAUCACCUGGUACAAUGUCUUCCUGGUCUACAAUGAGGAGCGGACUUUCUGGCACAAAAUCACCGUCUGCCCCUGCCUCAUCAUCUUCUACCCCAUCCUCAUCGUGGUGCUCUCCCUGUCCCUGGGGGUCUACACUGCCGUCACCCAGGUGUCCUGGGCCUUCGCCGAGUGGUGGCAGGCAGUCCGAGACCUGGAGAAAGGCUUAUGCGGCUGGAUCUGUGGCAAGCUGGGCCUGGAGGACUGUUCCCCCUACAGCAUCGUGGAGCUGCUUGACUCCGAUAACCUGUCAGGCAGCCUGCAGGGCAAGGGGGGACCUUCACAGGGGCUCGAGACCUCCGCUGUCUGAGUCCUCCAGUCUGUUUUGUGUCGUUGUUUCUCGCAGAGCAGUGGCUGUAGUUUAUCACAGCUUUUUACUUUGAUGUGCAAUGGUAGUGAAGUAGAGAAUGAAAUCUGGCUAUGCAACCAAACUGAUGAGCCACAGAAAUGAAAGAGCAGGUAGCUUAAAAUUACUUUUUGUUUGAGCUUUUUAUGAGGUUUGUAAUCAUUGGGAGUGGUUUUUAUUGCAGUUACUCGUCCGCCUACAUUCUGAAAUCUAUUCGCUUCAAAUAGGCAUUGUCGCAAAUUUUGUUCUGAAAGAAAAUACACCCUUUCUAAAAUUGAACGAAUACUACUUACCUGGAGAGCCUGAAUGAAAUGUAGGAUUUGUUUAUUUCAGAUUUGGGAACUUUUUUAUUGUGUGCUUUCUUCCUUUCUGAAAAUAUUUUGCUACUGACAGUUUAGAAUAAAUAGCUUUGAAAAUCUAGUCCAUAAAAGUGCUUUAUCCUGAGUGGCCAGAUUCUUUUUCAUCAUUGCUGUAUUUGUAAUCUAGGCUAGAUAGUUGUAUGAACUAGCGCCAUCUAGCAUGUAAAGUAUGUGUACUAAGAACCACUCGGAAGGAUUGCAAAGGUGACAGAAAAACUAAAUCAAAUGUCAUUUGAAUCUAUGUACUCUUUCUAAGGUUUUCAAACUAGUUUUAUUAGGGGUGUCAAGUUUAACCAGUACACACUUCCUUUGGUUUGAUAAUGCUAAAUGUUCAGUCUUUCAUGUGUCAACUAAACAGAUAUCGGCCUCUAAAUGCAUUCAGCAUGUUAUUCAUUUGCUUCGUUGUCACCUGAACUUUUAUAUUAGUACAUUCAGUAUUGCUUACUACAUGGGAAGCACUGUUAGCAAUGUAGAGUUUUAUUACAUAAGUUACAUUUUUUAUUGCAAAGAUUGUGAUUUGUUGUGUAUAGCAAGUGUAAAAUAUAAGUGCAGUCGGUGUACAUGUUCACAACUAUUAUUUUCCACCUGUGGAGAACCUAGUUUUUACAUAUUUAAGAUGGCAAUCUAGUAAUAUUAGAGUUUUUCCUUUCACAAAAGGAAGUAUUAUGUCUUUGAUAAUAUCCUCUGAAGUUGUCUUUCGCUACUGAUUUAUUUCGAUAGCUUUAAAUGUCAUUUAAAUUCCUUUUGUACAUUGCUUAUACUGUCUGAUGGUAUUUGCAACCAUUAUGCCUGGUUCUGGGUUCUGCUUGUUCAAUACUGUGUUUCAUUUUUCUGUAAAUCCGUCUCUCUGUUUCUGAAUUUGCUUUGAGCCUGUCUGGAGAAUCUGAACAGUCUUCCUCUUUCCAUUCAAAUCAUGUGACCUUUCAACUCCCUAAACCCACAACCACUGAGAGAGAUUGCAAACACUAAAAAACAGUAAGGGACAGUGAAACACAUUUGAAUCUCCUUUCUCUUCAAUAUAGCUGCGCUUUCCUACUGCUAGUGUAGUUUUAUUUUCAAAGAAAACUGUAGUUAUUUGCUAUUUAUAUACAGUGUGUUUUAGUGUUUGGAAAAUGGGUGAAAUCUUUAAAGUGUUUUUCAAAAAGUAAUCCAUGGUUUAGAAUACUGUUUAGCUUUUUCAGUUUGAGUCCGCUUGUAGCAGAAUUUUCUUAUCUCAUGUUUUCGUUCUCCAUUAAAAACGUUUUUUUGAAUCCUGAUGUAUUCCUACCACAGACAUUUAAAAAAACGAAGCUGUAACUUUAAAAGGAGGCAGCAAUAGUAAGAUAUGAGAACCCUCACCACUGUAGCUGGGCUGAAUUUGACAGCUUUUAUCACUCAUUAUGGGUUCAUUUGGCUGAUUUGCCUAUUCAGUUUAUAAUGUGUUGCACUGAGUUCUCCAUACUUUCCCCAAAUUUUCUGGCUUUUUUAAAAAUGUUUUAAUCUCUAUCACGUGUGGCUGUGUAGUAUUAUCAGCACUCCGUUCUCUGUAUUGAAUUUACUAGUUCUGAGCUCUUCAGUACUUUAGUCAAUACUACAGCUUUAAUUUGACUAGAAACCUGCAUUAGCACGGUUUGCAGUUGAGCUUGGAAUGAGAUGGAGGUAAACUCUCGAAUUUCUUAGCCUGAAGCUUAUCAAAAUAAAUCAUUUAAGGAGUGAUGAACCAAGGCUUCAAAAAAUGUCUUGCCUUUUUUGGCACUAGAUCAAUUGUCUCCCUUUUCUUGCAUGAGAGACAGUGUUGGAGAAGUUCCUUUUAAAAAGUAAUCUGUUACUAGAACAAAAAUGUAACUCGUUACAGUAACUUAUUACCUUAAAAAAACUAGUUACAGUUACAAAUAAUUACUUUCCUGGACCAUUUUACAGAGAGAUUUUUUUUUUUUUGGUUUGGACAGGCUGCAAGAGGAAAUCACAAGCAUGUUCAUAUGACAUGGAAAGUUUGACUUGGACUGUUGAGUCGCUUUCUGAUUUCUAUGUUCUGCAUUAGCCAUAUUCCUAAAGUAACUACAACUAACAAAGUUCAAUAUUCCAGGUCUUUUGUAGUAUUCUUUUUCUGUGCACCCACAUGACUGGCUAUGAUAUAAUUUUCCUGUAAUUUAUGAAUGUGAUUAUUUAUUUAUAACUGUGAGCAGUUUCACAUUGUAUUUCAUUCCCCACUUGUGAACUUGUUUAAACCCACAGCUUCAUAUACAACCAUGAGAAGUAAAGUGGAAUGGUCCGGGCAGUGCUUUACAGCAAAGCCAUACAGGCAUAUUGAGCUGGGCCAGACACCUACUGAAUGGCUUAUGUGACAACUGUGACACUGCAUACCUAUCUCAACCUUGGCACGCUGGCACCUGAAGGUUGUUCAGUGCAUGUUUUGAGUGGGUAUAAACUUUGGGGGCACUUUGCUCAUGUUUCCUAUUCAAACUGUGUCUCUGUGGUUCCCUCACAGACCCUGAAUGUGCACAGCAAUACACUCUGCUCCUUUCUUUGCUAAAAGCCACAUUACUGUAACCCUGAUCGCUUUGAUGUGUUGUUACGUGUUUCUUUUCCUAUAAAGUUUU